UUAAAAUUUGUGAUGUUUUCAUUCAUAGAAAAAAAAAGAUCGAGGAAUUUGUUUUAUUGAAAUUGGUCCGAGCUGGUUGGAAGUUACUCUAGAUCAGUUUUUACUAAACGUUUUAGUACCGUACCCAUGUUUGACAGAUUGAGGAAAAGAAAAGACAACUUAAGAGAAGAAAAAAGGACCAUUUCUCGUGUGCAAAGGGAAACCGAAAGAGAAAGACAAAGACUUGAACGAGAGGAAAAGAAAAUAAAGGAAGAUAUCGUUAAACUUUUCAAAAAGGGUCAAAAAGAUGCUGUCAAAACUUUGUCCAAGUCACUUAUGAAUAAUCGUCAACAGCAAGAGAGACUCUACAAACAGCGGUCCCAGUUGAGUGAAGUAAGCACUUCCAUGGUUGUUGCAAAACAAACUGGGAAAAUGGCGCAAAGUUUUGGUCAAGUUUCAAGUGUUUUAUCCAAAUAUAACGACUCAGCAAGAGUUGGUGACUUUAUGAAAACUAUGAAUGAAUACGAAAAGCAAAAUUAUACCCUUUCUGCCAAACAAGAAUAUAUGAGUGAUGCUAUCGACUCUGCGUUAGAUGUAGACGUACAAGAAGAGAGCGAAGAAGUACUGAACGCUGUUCUUGAUGAACUCAACCUUAACUAUGCUUCUCGAAUGGAAGCUGUACCCAAAGUGGUGCCAAAAGAGAGACAAAACGCUAUGCUCUCAGAAAGGAAAGCUGUGGAAGAAGGAGAUAAUAAUAUAGAAGAUAGGUUAGCUUCUUUGAGAACUCCUUGAAAUGUACAGCCUUUUCAACUUUAAAUUUUCAAUUAUUAUUGAAUUCUUAUCGAAAUUAUAUAAAAAUGAUAUAGCUCAA